AUGGUAAAUUCUGGGUUGAAACAUUUCUUCAGUGACUUUAGAUGUCAACUUCUUUUCCAUGUGCACAGAGUGGGCAGGGGUGGGUCCCUUAUCAGCAUCUGCCUCUUCAGCACCAGCCUCUUUAUCCUGUUUUUGGGGAUCAUAAUCUGGGCCAGCAGCUCCAUGGUUGGUGUUCUGCACAGGCACAAGCAGCGUGUCCAACACAUUCACAGGACUACUAUCUCCACCAGAUACUCUCCUGAGUCCAGAGUCACCCAGAGGACCUUAGUGUCUUUUUACUUCCUCUACUCAAUCUUUCAAGGGCAGAGACGCCAGUGA